AAUCAACAAAUGUCAUCCCAUUCGCCUUUUACAAAAUAGCCUCUCUCUUUUUUUUCGAAAAAAAGGGGUUUGGCCAUUGCCAGGCUUUUGAUUGAGCUUUAGUAUCCGACACUGCGACGACGUCGUAAUUGAGAAAGCAAGCGCAAUUGCCUGAAUUUACCUCAGAAAAUAAUUUUCAACAACCGAACUUCAGAAUUUGCCUGAAAAAUCCCAGUAAUUAGUUCAUUUGAGACCGGAAGACGAUGGGGAUGAUGAUGAUGAAGACGACAACGAUGCAGAGAAGAGCUUCUUCUGCGGUGAUUGUUUCCAUUGCUCGGUCUCAGGGAGCAGCGGCUUCAUUAGGUACUCCUGCUCCUGCAGGUUGUACUAGUCUUGCAGCAUUCCUCUCUGCAUUCCCAAACCAUAAACCCCAUUUGGCUUUUUAUUCUGCUAUUAGUAGUAAAUUUAAGAGUUCUUCUGAAAAAGCUCUGAAAUUUCAACCUGAAUUAAGGAAUGAUAUUAAUAAUGUCAACAGUCUUGAUGAUGCUUUGAGCUUGUUCGAGCGGAUGGCUCGGAUGAGGCCUCUGCCUUCCGUUAUUGAUUUCACUCAAUUGCUGGACCGUAUUGUUAAGAUGAAGAAGCAUUAUUCUUCAGUUGUUUCCCUUUUUAGAGAUAUGUGUGUCAAGGGCAUUCCUGUAAAUGAGUACACCCUUACUAUGGUGAUUAAUUGUUACUGCGUUGUGGGCCGAGUGGAUUUAGCUUUUUCUACAUUGGCUGGCUUCUUCAAACGUGGUUUUGUUCCCGAUGUAGUCACCUUUGGCACUUUGCUUAAGGGACUUUUUAAAGAACAAAAGGUUCCUCAGGCACAAGAAUUGUUCAAAAAGAUAAUCAAGGAAAAACUUUGUAAACCCAAUGAAACUAUGUUGGGGAUUGUGAUAGAUGGGAUCUGUAAGGCAGGAAACACUCAAACGGCCAUUGAAUUCCUCAGAGCAAUGGAAAAACGAGGAAGCCCUUGUAAACCUACUGCAAUUAUUUACAAUACUGUCAUUGACAGCUUGUGCAAGGAUAAAAUGGUUGAUGAAGCUCUUGCCCUCUUACAGGAGAUGAUUGAAAAGGACAUUCCCCCGAAUGUUGUCACUUACAGUUGUUUGAUUCAGGGUCUGUGCAACUUAAGCAGAUGGAAGGAUGUUGACAAGCUCUUUGCUGAGAUGAAGGUUUAUAAAAUUGUUCCAAAUGUUAUUACUUUUAGUAUAGUGGUGGAUGCACUAUGUAAGGAAGGGCAUAUAGAAGAUGCUGAAGAGGUAGUCCAGAUCAUGAUCCAGCAAGGUCAAAAUCCCGACCUGGUCACAUACAGUUCCUUAAUGGAUGGGUACUGUUUACAGAGUCGAAUAGAUGACGCAAGUAGAGUUUUCAAUGCCAUGGUUGCUAACGGCCUUACACCCGAUCUCCAUUGCUAUGGUAUUCUAAUAAAUGCCUAUUACAAGACCAAGAAAGUGAAAGCAGCCAUGAAGCUCUUUCAAGAGAUUCCACAUAAAGGUUUAACACCUAAUAUUGUUAUUUAUAACACUGUGUUGCAGGGGUUAUUUAGUUCAGGAAGGUAUCUUAGUGCACGAGAAAUUUUCAAUGAGAUGCAAGCUUCUGGCAUGAAGCCUGAUUUUCACACUUACUGUGUGGUACUGGCUGGAUUAUGCAAGACUGGACAUGUCGACGAAGCAUUGGAGUUAUUCCAUGCAACCGAAGCCGAUGGAACAGAUCUUCACAUUGAAAUGUACAAUAUCAUGCUUGAUGGGUUGUGCAAAUGCAGGAGGCUCAAUAGUGCCCGGGAUCUUUUGAAAAAUCUCUCCCUUAAAGGAUUGGACCCUAAUGUCAUAACAUACAACACCAUGAUUGCUGGCCUGCUUUCAGAAGGUCUGCUCAUCGAAGCUAAAGAGCUCAUUGAAAAAAUGGAAGAGAAGGGUUGCUUGGCAGAUAGUGUUACAUACAAUGUCAUUCUGCAAGGACUCCUUAUGGGAGGUCAUUAUGAUGAUGCAGUGGUCUAUUAUGAAGAAAUGGUUCAUAGAGGAUUCUUGCUGGAUGCAUCUACGUUUUCCAUUUUACUUGAUUUAUCUGCUGAGAAUCAGAACAAUCUUUCUGUGCUAAUGUUGAUGCUGAAGAUUGAUCCCAAUAGCAAGAGGUUCAUGGAUGGGGGACAAAGAGGACCUUCACAUUAGUUGUAACAUGUUGGUCCUGCAGUUUUUUGGCCCCUGAUGUUUAAUUUGCUGGUAGGAAUGGUACUAAGGUUCACAUUUGAUCCUUUUAUCACUUAUCAUCUUUGUUUAGAGGAGGUCUCUUGGUAACAUUCUGCAAGGACUCCUUAAGGGAGGUCAUUAUGAUGAUGCAAUGGUCUAUCAUGAAGAAAUGGUUCAUAGAGGAUUCUUGGUGGAUGCAUCUACAUUUUCACAUUUUACUUGAUUUAUCUGCUGAGAAUCAGAACAAUCUUUCUGUGCUAAUGUUGAUGCUGAAGAUUUACCCCAGUAGCAAGAAGUUCAUGGAUGGGGGACAAAGAGGACCUUCACAUUAGUUGUAACAUGUUGGUCCUGCAGUUUUUUGGCCCCUAAACUUUAAUUUGUUGGAACUAAUGUUUGGAUCCUGUUGUCACUUAUCAUCUUUGAUGCAAUUGAACCAUAGAGGAGAUCUGUUGGUCAUAUUUUGUUAAACACCUCAAAGGUCUCCAGUUUGGUGGUGAAGCCACUUUGCUUAGGGAAGUUCAAUUGAUAAGUGUAGCAGAUCAAAGAAAUCUGCUGCCAUUAAUUGGAUUUGUACCACUUCUUAUUAGCGACCUCUUGUCGAUCUUUCCAUGGAGAACCUUAUUGUGGCAUAUCACUUAAGUGGUAACUUGUACAGGAGAGCAGUGGAAUUUGUAUAGCAGAGUGUGAAGAUUUGACCUCAGCUUCUACUGGAUAGAGACAAUUAAUUAGUUAUGUUGAUGAACAUAAAUUCCAACAAACCAGCAGCGGUAUGAGAUGCUACAGCAACUCGUGUACCAUAAUUGUCGAGAUGCCAUCAAUUAAUCAAGAAACUGGAAUCGCAAACCCCGAGCCAACUGAGACUGCCAAGAGUUCCUUUGAAUCAAGUAUUGCACCUGAGUAAAAAAAAAACAUAGGGCUCAUAUGUGAAAAAAAAGUUGCAAAAUCUUUGACUAUGAUCUAUCAUCUUCCUCAAUGGCAUAUGGACCGUGAGAAGUUGAAUAUUACUGGUAUCAUUUGGAUAAAACAAGACUUGCUCCGACCAUACAGGCAAAGAAAAAGAUGGCAACAAUGGGGAAUCCUGUUUAUGUUCCUAAGGUGUUUUCCUCUGGUGCCGAUGCUGCCAUUUGCAGGCUCUUAUUCUUGCCAUUGCCCAAUAAUCUGCUGUACGACAAACGAAGAACCAAAUAAAUAAGUUCAAUUCAUGUAUAACUUCCCCUGUUAAAAGGGAAAUGGGAAUGAUUUUCAUCUUAAUGAACCAUCUCUCCAUAGACACCUGCCACUUUCUUAACUCCUCUGUUGGAUGCCACGGCAAAGGUGGUCUGGCAAUGAACGAAACAAGUAUAACGACUAUAAUGUGGUGAUCCUGAGUUCAGCCUAGGCUCGUUCUUUAUAUAAUGCCGCGAGAACAUAACACUAGAGUUUGCUCAAACACUAAUAUGUGCAAUGAAAGGCCAAUCAAAGGUUCAAGCAUUACUUGAACUUGUUUAGGGACACAAGCCUAAAAUUCUUAGAUAAGUGUGUAAAGGCUAUUACUUAAAGCUAUUAAAAUCUAAAACCUGCCAUAAUUGAUAAAUUCAUUUAAAGAAGUCAGAAAACCAGGGCGGAAAGACCGCUGCAGAUUAGCUUGGGAUUCCUAUUCAAAUCAAACGGAGUUUGUGCCAGCUUUGGGAAGCGACAAGGCAACACUUUAUGGUGUCCAGGCCAUCUUUGGAAAUGAUAGCAAGCUCCAGUUAGACGUCUGCCCAAUCACUCAAUUGGAAGUCAAAUUUAGACCAAAAUACAGUUUCAGCUGAGUUGUAUACAUCUAAUUG